UUAUGCUACAACUGGACACACAUACGAUCACAUAACUUUGUAUGAAAUUCACACACAUACAAUUCAUCUUGAUUUUUGGUGUAUCGUCUCUCCGACAAAUAUUUUAGAAUUUCAAAACAAAAUAGAAAUGUGGACACUGCAAAACGGUUGGGUGACCUUAUACCUGGCUGCAUUACUUAUCAGCACGAAGGUGACCUGGGGCCAACAAAGGACUUGUACUGGAUCGGGGGAGACCUGCGUCGUCCUCUCUUCGUGUCCCCCACUCCUCAAGCUUCUCGAGCCACCCGUUGAUUUUGAUAACCUUCGCAAGCUGCAAGAAUCGACUUGCGACGAGGCCGGAGCAGAACCCAAGGUUUGCUGCGUUAUUAAACGGGAGGAGGGAAAAAGUCAAGGAGGAGAUAAGGGCUCAUCGACACUGGAUCGGAUUCUAAAUCAUAAAAAUUUGCACCUUCUUCCAACCUCGACAUCUUGUGGAAAGUCAGACCCCGUCGAACUCACGCCGGACAGAGUGGCUGGAGGGACGGAUGCAGGACUAGGUACUUAUCCAUGGAUGGUGCUGGUGGGGUAUACGAUGACAUCCAGUAGUGGUAAACCAGGCCCAAUUCAGUAUGGGUGUGGUGGAACGUUGAUAAAUUCGAAUUAUGUCUUGACCGCGGCCCACUGCGUGUCGGGGCUUCCUGCCGGAUUUUUGCCGACCAUUAUUCGCGUCGGAGAGUACAAUCAAACCGCGGAUGUUGAUUGUGCUGAGAACGUUUGCGCCCCCAAAGCACAAAAUAUACCGAUCGCGGAAACAAUCGCGCAUGAAAGCUAUGAUGUCACGGAGAAGAAGGAGAAUGACAUUGCGAUCAUAAGGAUGAAAAAACAUGUUGCAUUGGGGCCGUUCGUUGCUCCAAUUUGUCUUCCUCACGGGGAGCGAUUGCAAAAAGUAUCGGUCCGACCGUGGGUUGCGGGCUGGGGUCGCACCACUGCAGAUAAUCCAGACCAAACCGCUGUGCUCCAACAUGUCAGCGUCCCUUUUCAAUCCAUGGAGAAAUGCAACGAAUUGUACGGCGCUGCCCUCGGGAAUGAAGUUGAUGAUGGCAGGUUUUGUGCUGGUGGGGAGAAGGGGAAGGACUCAUGCAAAGGUGAUUCAGGUGGACCGCUGAUGCUCGCACUCAAGGCGAAAAGUGCAAAUUGGGCGUUACGCGUGUUUCAAUUCGGCGUGGUAAGUUUGGGCCCGAAGGACUGCGACACGUCCGCAUUUCCAGCUUUGUACACCAAAGUCUCACAUUUCAUGCCUUGGCUGCUGGACCACCUCAAACCAUAAGCACAGUUAAAAUUUCUUAACAAUAUUUUAUUUUAGAGUAUAUAAUCCUCAGGAUAAGAAGAAUGCAUUUUAUUUUAAUUGGAUUUACUGUGUAAUGUACAGGUUCAUAAUAAUAAGUAAUAAACAGUGAGACUUUAUA